UGUGAAUUAUUGUGAUACUUUGUGUUGUUGAUUUUUAUAAAUGAAUUUGAUCUCUAUUUCAUAAAUCUAUUUAAUUGUUAAGUUAAUAUUUUAUUUUAUAAUAAUUCUGAGUCGAAAUAAUUUGUUCUGUCCAAUGUGGAAGUGAACUGUUAAAAAUGGGUACCAAAGAUUCGACUUAUUAUUGUUUAGGAUGUUUGUAUCAUAUGGACGAUAAACUAACGCAGCCGUAUAAUAUCCAGAGUGAGGCUCUGAAAGCGUUAUUAAAGGUAGACAACGUAAACUUAUGUUACAUUUGUAAGAAGAUAGCACACAAAAGUGAACUAUUUAUACAGAAUGUGCAAAGGAAUCAGGUUUACUUGGAAAACUUUACAAAUAUUCUAGAUUCAAUAAGGACACCACAAAGCACCAUACACAAUUUUCAACCGUUGAUCAAUUUAUCAAGUAUAUCUUUAGACAGAAUUGAAUUGACCAAUGACAAUGAAGAUCUAGAGAAGCCCAUUGUAGUAUACAGUUCAUGUAAAGACAAUGUUGAGAUUAAGUUAGAGUUAAAACAAGAAUUGGCUUUGGAUAAUUAUUUAGAUGAGGAAUUCUUUGAUGGUAAUGAUUAUCAAGAGUCACCCAUAAAAGAAGAAGAAUGUAUGUUAGAUGAAUUAAAAGACGACACCAAUGAAAUCCACGACGAGGUCAACUUAAAACAACUUAGAAGGACAUUAAAAAAAGCAAAACUCAAAAACAUAUCAACAAACAAGCAAAAGAAACAGGGAAAACACAAAAAUAGAGUCAGUGAAAUAAAAGGUCAAGCAAUAAUAAUAGUGUGUGUAACAAAAGAGCAAGUUAUGAGAGAAAGGAAGAAAAAGCGUGAAGAUGUAAAGUAUAAGAAUUUAUCAUACAAGUGCGAGGACUGCAUCAUUGGCUUUAAUUUUAAAGAGACCUAUGAAAAACAUAUGGAAAUGCACAGUAAGGAAAUGGGUCGAUACAAAUGUGAUAUAUGCAAAAGAAGAAUGAACACCAUGGAAAAACUGUUACGCCAUAAGAAAUACCAUCAAACACGCUACAAGUGUGGCGAGUGCGGUCUGACCCGUGUCCACAGGAAAUCUAUCAAGGAGCAUUAUACAGCUGCACACUUGAACCAAUCGGUGCAUUAUUCAUGCUCGCACUGCGAUAAAGUGUUCAACCGCAAAUUGUCGCUGAGAAGGCAUUUGGCGUACGCGCAGAGAAGCGUCAGAAGUGCCACUUGCAAGUUUUGCAGCAAAACACUGAGCAGCAAGGAAGGCUUGAAGAACCAUAUCAUGCUAAAGCACCCAUCAGAAAUGCCGGGGCAGACUUUCAAACAUCACAUCUGUUCUAAAUGCGGCGCCGGCUUCAAAACCCCUUCGCAGCUCAAGAACCACAUGAUCAAGCACUCGGAUAGAAAGGACUUCUAUUGCGUGGAAUGCGAUAAGGGUUUCAAGUCAAGCUUCGCGUUGACGCAGCAUCUGAAGAUUGCAUCUCCGCACGUCAACUAUUUAGAAUUAAAACUCCAAUGUGACCAAUGCGACAAAAGGUUCGGAGUGAAAAGAGAUUUGGAGCGACAUAUGAACAGAAUCCAUCUCAACCGAAGACCCUACCAGUGCGACCAGUGUGACCGGGCAUACGUAAACUUAUGGUCGCUCACGGAUCACAAGCGCUUUACACACGAGGGAGAAAAACGGCCCUUGAAACACCCCUGCCCGAUGUGCGACAAAGUGUUUGCUCUCAAGUCUACAUGUAAAGUGCAUAUGUAUACGCAUACCGGCGAAAGGCCAUAUCCCUGCCCAGAGUGUGACGCGACCUUCAACCAGCCCGGCAUCCGCGCCACGCACGUCCGACUUGUACACAUGCGCCUCGCGAGGGACGGCCGACCCAAGAAACACGCCGGCUAGCUCGUGGACUAUCUUCAUCAACCAGACACAUCUACAGCUGGAUAUAAAUCCCUUCUAGGGACUUCCGCAAGUCUUACUGCGGGUAUGCACAAUAAACUAGGAAAAUUAA